AUGCCUUGUGCCCUGAGCCUCGCGAAAUUUGCUAACUCUUGUGCUUGUGUACCAGAAAUCGGACAUCCUCGCUGCGAGUGUGGCUACACGGUCAACGCUACCAAUGGAUCGAGUCCCUACGCUCUCUUUACCGACCUCCUAGAGACUGACUUCUUGCACCUAUACAACCUACCUGACAGCAUCGAUAUACCUGCCUCGGAAGCCGUGGGCUGGGCAGUACAAGCAUACAACGUUACCCUAUCGGCCGCUCGAGGUCCUUACGGCAAAGCUGCUGAGAUUGAUAAUGUCGUCUUGAACCCACUACCCUCGCGCAAAGCCUGGGGCGGCGAUGGACAGCUAGGCGGUGCGCCAGGGCUGCAAGUCUGGGUCAGAAGUCAACAAGAUCUGCUGGGCCCGGCCGGAGACCAGAUGAUUCGCUCUGGAGAGAUUGACAGUCUGCGUCGAGAUAUGCGUUAUGGCAGCUUCAGAGUUGGCAUGAGGAUGAGCAAUGUCUCUGGCACAUGUGCUGCCUUCUUCUGGGUGAGUGUACUCGCUGAACAUAUGGAUAGAACUUACUACUCACACGAACCGCAGUAUCGUAACGACUCGCAAGAGAUUGAUAUGGAAUACCUGAGCCGUCAAAACAUCUACGAGAAUAGCAAUGGCUCUUCACCCAUCAAUCUCGUCAUCCAGUCGCCAGCCUCUGCAGAUGCAAACUACAAUGCGAUCAAUACAAGCACCUUCCGCGUGGAAAACUUGCCCUUCAAGCCUAGGGCUGGUUACCAUGAAUACCGUUUCGAUUGGACACCAGAGCGGAUUGUCUUUUUCGCCGACGGCCAGCGUCUCCAAGAAUUCGAAAAUACCUUUGAUGGCGAUGCACCUGACGCUCCCGGAACCUUGAUGCUCAAUCACUGGUCUACAGGCAAUGAGGGUUGGAGUGCAGGACCACCGGCUCAAGACGCUGUGCUCACGCUCAGCUAUGUCAAAGCCUACUUCAACUCGAGCAACGUAACACGAGAGAAUGAGUGGCGCAAUGCCUGCGCCGGGGACCGUAAUUGGACUGGCCGAACGUGUCCAAUCCCUGAUUUUCCUACUCAAGGUAUCGACCCUCAACGUACUGGGUUGGAAGACCCGGGCAAGAGCUACUUCUUCAUGUAUGACGACUAUUGCAAUGUCAAUCAGACAAUGUACCCAGCCGCCACAGGAGGAAAGACAAGUUCAAGCGGUCCAUCUCUGACACAACACACGCCUACAAUAUGGCCAUUACUAGGCUGGACGGUGAUGUUCGGUCUGUUCCUACUUGGUGGUUAA